GCCGUGGGCGGGGCGGAAGUGAGCGGGCGGCGGCGGCGGAAGUGGUGGCGCGCGUUGGGGGCUCAAGAUGAAUUCCAGAGGCACUGCUUCUCUGUUGAAGGAUAGUAUCCCACUUACUGAGUUUUCAGCUUCAGGGCCAUUUGAAGGUCCCGAUCUUCUGCGCAGAGGUUUUACAAGUGUGAAAAGUGAAUUGUUGCCCAGUCACCCACUGGAGUUGACAGAAAAGAAUUUCCAGUUAAAUCAAGAUAAAACAAACUUUGCCACACUGAGAAAUAUUCAAGGAAUCCAUGCACCUUUAAAGCUGCAGAUGGAAUUCAGAGCAGUGAAACAGGUCCAGCGUCUCCCAUUUCUUCACAGUUCAAACAUGGCAUUGGAUACUCUGAGGGGAAAUGAUGAAUGCAUUGGUUUUGAGGAUAUCCUUAAUGAUCCUUCACAGAGUGAGGUUAUGGGAGAACCACACAUGAUGAUGGAGUACAAGCUUGGUUUAUUGUAACAAAAUAUACUCCACAAAAAUGUUUUGUGUGUGUCUUUCUACUGCAGAUCUAAAUACACGAUACUAAAUUGACACUAACAGUGUUAAACAGUCCUACAGUUAUCAUUUGCCUUCCUUGAUGAAAAGGCACAUUAAAUGUUUAAAGUCUAUAAAUUGUUCUGUGCUUGUCAAUCAAGUAAAUGUCCUGUACCUAGGUAGUUUAAAUGUCUUUUCAUACACUGCUCAGGACAAUAGCUUCUUAAAUAUGGAAAUGCUAUAUAUGUACACAAGAAAUCCAAAAAUACCCAUGCAUUUGAAAACUGACUGCUGUAGGUUAAUGCAUUUAAUGGCUGUUCUCGUGGAAGAACUUAAGAGGGAAAGGAAGGUAUUUUCCAUUGAGUAACAUUUUGUUCAUGAAAAUGUCCAUACACUUUUUAAACUAUUGAAUAAAAGUUUGCUAUAAAUGCUC